AUGGCCCUGGUCAUCCUCCUGCACCAAUCCGAGAACAUCCCAGUGUUCACCGAGGCCUACACGUUCGUGGAGAUGUUCUGUGGAGCAGGGUGGUGCUCUAGGUGCAUGCGGUGUGCUGGCCAUCCCACUGCACAAAUGGACCUGUGCUUGUCUGACCCAGAACGGAAGAGUAGCAAUCAAAACGAAAUGGAUUUGCUUACAGAGUCGGGAUUUUUGCUAGCACUGGCGACGGUACUCAACGGCAAAAUGGAUGAAUGCCUCUACCUUGUUGCUAUGGUUUGCGGAAGCUUUGUCACUAUAAACAAGGGAACCAACAAGAGAUACCCAUGGUCUCCAGAAGGUGACACUUCUUGCCCUUCAGUGAAAAUUGGAAAUUUAUUGGCUAACCGGUGUGUUCUCCUGCUGCACGCCAUCUGCGCUAUGGGAGGAUGUUGGGUCCUGGAGCAGAGCAGGAGCUCGAUGUUUGGAUGGAUGCCAAGAUUUCGGGCGUUUUCCCGGAUGCAGGAAAAGGUGUGGACAGCAUGUUGGUGGAUGGCCCAUUACAUGAGCAAGUUUCCCAAACGGCACAUUGCAUGGUCAAAUUCUCCUACGGUUGGAAAACUGGAUCUCGGAACCCUAUGCCGAAGUGUCAUGAAGAUGUUGGCAAAAUCCGGGAAAAGGUCAGCUACAACCUAUGAAUCUCGAGGUAGGAAGAGGUUUGUUGGGUCGAAAUUCCUACGUAGCACCCAGACCUACCCUCCUCGAUUUGGAUUUCGACUCGUCCGUCUACAUGAUGCUUUCUGCAGAAACAGGGUGAUACCAGAGCCUUGUGAUAGUAUUUUAGAAAUGUCUGCCCACACUAUUUUCCACAUCCUUGAAUGGGGUGAUCUUUGGGAAGAUGCUGGGGCUGUGGAAAUCCUUCAGUGGAUCCGUGGCAAUAAGCAUCUCCAGCUUGGUGAAUGGAGAGAAUUAUUUCCCACGAGGCUGUGA